UCUUCAACCGGACGGCUAAUACAUAAAAGGUCGAUUCCCUUCCGUCUUCAGCCAUCCGAGCUCUUCAUUGGAAGAAGAACCGCCAUAGAAGAAGAAGAAGAAGACUGUAAGAUUUCUCAUGGCUUCGUCGAUUUGCCGAGGAAUUAUAGGCAACGGCCGACGAGCGGCUGAGUUAGGACGAUCUAUGUCGACGGCGUCUUGGUGGGGCCACGUCGAGCCGGCGGCGAAGGAUCCGAUCCUCGGAGUGACGGAGGCUUUCCUCGCUGAUCCCAGCCCCAAUAAAGUUAAUGUUGGAGUUGGAGCUUAUCGGGAUGACAAUGGAAAGCCGGUGGUACUAGAAUGUGUGCGAGAAGCCGAAAAGAGGAUUGCUGGAAACCUUAACAUGGAGUACCUUCCGAUGGGAGGCAGUAUCAAGAUGAUUGAAGAGUCAUUGAAGUUAGCGUAUGGCGAUGAUUCUGAAUUAAUAAAAGACAAACGCAUUGCAGCAGUUCAAGCUCUAUCAGGAACUGGUGCAUGCCGACUUUUUGCUGAUUUUCAGAAACGUUUCUUGCCUGAUUCACAAAUUUAUAUACCUAUACCUACCUGGGCAAAUCAUCAUAACAUUUGGAGGGAUGCGCAUGUGCCUCAAAGGACAUUCCAUUACUACCAUCCAGAAACAAAGGGACUUGACUUUGCUGCCAUGAUGGAUGAUAUUAAGAAUGCGCCAAACGGUUCAUUCUUUUUGCUUCAUGCAUGUGCGCAUAAUCCAACUGGGGUUGAUCCAUCUGAAGAUCAAUGGAGAGAGAUAUCACAUCAGUUCAAGGUUAAGAAUCAUUUCCCAUUCUUUGAUAUGGCAUACCAAGGCUUUGCUAGUGGUGACCCUGAAAGAGAUGCCAAGGCGAUUCGGAUUUUCCUUGAGGACGGGCAUAUGAUUGGUUGUGCACAAUCCUUUGCCAAAAAUAUGGGGCUUUAUGGGCAGAGAGCUGGAUGCCUCAGCAUUCUUUGUGAAAAUGAGAUACAAGCGGUUGCAGUGAAGAGUCAAUUGCAGCAGAUUGCAAGGCCUAUGUAUAGUAAUCCACCUAUUCAUGGUGCACUUGUUGUUUCCAUCAUCCUUAGUGAUUCAGUGCUAAAGAGCUUAUGGUUGAAGGAAGUUAAGGGUAUGGCGAAUCGAAUCAUUGGAAUGCGAAAUGCACUACGCGAAAACAUUGAAAAUUUGGGGUCCAACUUGUCAUGGGAGCAUAUAACUAAUCAGAUCGGAAUGUUUUGCUACAGUGGAUUGACACCAGAACAAGUUGAUCGCUUGACAAAUGAUUUCCAUAUUUACAUGACCAGGAAUGGUCGAAUCAGCAUGGCGGGAGUUACCACAGGUAAUGUGGGUUACUUGGCCAAUGCAAUUCAUGAGGUCUCCAAAGCUACAUGAAACUUCCAUAGUUGGUAAGUUGGAAAUUCAAGUGAUUUCAAGCAUUUUUGGCUUUCAUGAGUCUAGUUAUAAAAAUGAAAGGAGAAUUUUUAAUAAGAAAAAAAAAAAAAAAACCUGGAGGAUCCAAGUGCUAGGGUUCCCCAUUGCUGAUGUAUCACCUGACAGCAUAAAUGUUCACAUUUUUUGACAUUUGUGUCAAUAAUUUUUAUGGGAAGAUUAAAUUAUUGUCUUUUAUGGGAGUUUGAUUUGAUAGCUGUUGGCUUUCAA